AAACGAGAGAAACAACCAUGGACACCAUUCAAGAAAAGAAAACUGAAGUCACUGAGAGAUUAAAAAGAAGAGAAGAAGAGCGUCUUGCUGAAUUACAGAAGAGAAAACAAGAGAAAGAAAAUAACAUUACAACACUUGAAGGUACCAAGUAUUUCAUUGAGAAUUUCAACAAAGAGAAAUCCGAUAUACUUCUUGCACUAGAAAAAGUCGACACGCUACCUAAAAGUGAGAUGGUUAAUGAACUUGACAGAAUAACUGAGCGACUUCAAGGUCUUCAAAAGUUCCAUGCCGAUUCCACUAUGUUUCUUCCUUCGUAUGACGUCAGACAGAGUCAGGAAGCUCUGGGUAAUUUGCAGACACUUAUUCAAGAAAAAAGAGAUAAGCUUUUUCCAAAGAAGAAGUUUGCCUUCUCUUCGAAAAAGAAAACUGUCAAACAAGAUGAAAACAAAAAAGAGGAAGAAGCAAAAACUAAAGCCUCAUAUGCUGAGGACCAAAAUGUACAGCUAUCAGAUUGCACUAUUCAAAAGAAAUCUCAUGAAUGUGUAGAAAUGCCCGAGUCUGCCAUGGAAAAAAAAGAUGUGUCUUUAUUUGACAACAACUUUUGUACCAUUAAAUUAUUUGGUGCUCCGUCAACUGUUCACAUAAAGAAUUUGACUGACUGUAUUGUUAUUUCUGGCCCAGUGUCAAGUUCGAUUUUCAUCAGUGAUUGUAAAAACUGCACUUUUGUGAUAGCAUGCCAGCAAUUAAGAACACAUUCAACAACAAAAUGCAAAUUUUAUCUGCAUGUUACAAGCAGAGCAAUUAUAGAGGAUUGCUCUGAAUUAGAAUUUGCACCAUACAGUCUCAGCUAUGGCAAAUUAGAUGAACAUUUUGUCACUGCUGGACUUGAUAAAUCUAAGAACAAUUGGAAUGAUGUGGAUGAUUUUAAUUGGCUAGCCAAUGAUGUACAUUCUCCAAACUGGAAUAUCAUGAGUGUAGAAAAAAGAGAAGAAUUCAAAUUUUAAAUUAUUUGUAGAAUCUGUUAGUAAUAGAAGCUGUUAGUAAUAGAAGUUCAACAUGGAGUGUUUAUAUAACUAUGCAUUAAUAAGUUAUAUGAAGCAAAUACAGUACAAUAAGUUUGA